AUGGCGCCGGUCGUGCGAAUCACCGACACGGACGUGAUGCCCGUCGCCGACAGCGACGACAGCAUCGACGACCGGGGACGGCUGCCGCCCGAGCUUAUUCUGGACGGCGACGUGGUCCUACCGCUGGACGGCAAGAUCGAGGACAGCGCGAUGGAGGGUCGCGAACUCGGCGAGACCGGCGACACUUCCGAAGAACUGGAUUCGCCUACGGCGCAGGAGUUUCAGGACAGGCUGGAGCAGCGGUUUCUCGAUGCGUCCACCCCGUACACCGAGUCCAGGACCGACGGCGAGGUCAACACCAGUCAGGUAGACUCGUCAGUGAUAGAGGAACUGCCGCUUCAACGUGGCGCCCGCAGUCUCCCCCAACGUCUGAAGACUCAGGCCGGCAAGCUGCGCUCCCGACUCCAGGGAAUCAACCGUCCGAAAUUCGCGUUCGCACAAAAACGACAGAAGCCCGACAAGAAGAAGACGACGUCGACGACGAGGUCGACGGCAACGAGCAGCGGCAAGUCGGACACCAGAUCCCGCAAAUCGACGGAGAAGCGACCGAGUCGAAUCGAACGCCUGCGAUCGUCCAUCUCCGAGAAAACGGGAAAAUUCAGCUUGCCGCUCAACCGAUCGAGAUUCAGUUUGCCCGACAAGUCCAAGUUCCAUCUGCCGGAGAGACCGAAGUUUCGUUUGCCGGACAAGUCCAAGUUUCAUCUGCCGGACAGGCCGAAGUUCAACAUCAAGAAACCCAACAUCCGUCUGCCGGAAGCGUUUUCUCGCGUCAAGAGGCCGUCCUCAUCCACGCAGGAGGGAGGACAACUCUCGACCGAGUCCACGGCUGGCUCGAGGCGCAACAUCUUCGACUUCGCCACGUAUCCGCGUAUCUUCGACAAAAAGAAACGCGACGAUUCCUCACCCAAGGAUUCUAGAACCGAGAGCACUCUAGAGGCAGAGAGCGCGACCUUUCCUCGUACUCGCAAAGGAAAAUCCAAAUGGGCGCAGCGCUUCGAAGAAGAUCCGACUUACGAUCGACCCGAAGAAACGGCGGCAGCUAGCGACGGCUCGCCACCGUGGCAUCAGACGUCACUGGAUGAACCGCCGAGACUGUCCGCUAGAACGGAGGAAGAAAUAUUGGCAGCGGCGCAAGCAAUUCCGUGGGAAGACACGAGGAAGCGGGAGUAUUACGAUGACGAGGAGAUACAGUACAUGGACUACGAGCAGGAAUCCUCGGAGAGAUCGGAUCGGCGUCCCGCUCCACCCAGAAGAACUCACAAAGCAAGAAGAGAGGAAUCGUACGAACAGGAGGAGCCGAUGGAAGUGGAUCCUAGGUUGUACGGCGAUCAGAAACGUGAUGACCGUGACGAGGUCGAAGAGGACGAGGACUUGGCACGGACCGAUUGGCGCGUGGAGCAGCAAGCGAUGCCCGAGGAAAAGUUCAAACCUAUUCCAAGAUCUCGAUCGUUGGACGAGGACAUGCGAGCUAUGGAACAGGAAGAUUACGGCGGGGCGUUCAUGGCGGUGGAUCCGAGACGAUUUGGACCGCGCAAAGCGGCGUCUGAGGAACGGGGAAACAAAAUGGAACUGGAGGAAGAGGAGAAUGAACCUUCGUCGAUGCAGUCCGAUCGGGAGCAACAAGCGUCCAGCGGCAGUUCCUGCGACCGAAGACGUCGUGGAGUGAUAGAAGAAAUCGACUCCGACGAGUUCUUCUUACGGGCGAGCGGAAUCAGCCAGGACGACGUACACCUGGGCGAGUAUCUUACCGACAAGAUCCGGGACGCUCUCAGGUCGGAGGACGUCAACGCUCUGGACGACAUCGAACUGCCGCCCACUCCGCCGCAACGUCCCAGGAGGAUGCGAUCUCGGAGAAAGUACAAGGAGACUUCGGUGGAAUCCAGCGAGAUAACGCCACCAAUCAGACCGAAGCGGGAACGCGCGGCGGCUCGACGCAGCCGGGAAGCGUCGAUUGUGGACGAGGUAUUUCGUGAGCGCACCAGAAGCGACUCCAGAAGCGAUUCCCGACACCGCGUGGUGUAUCAGACUGAAGGUGAUCAGCAGGAGCUGUCGCAGGAACCGUUAGACGACAUAGUCGUGGUUAAACCGGCACGACGAAAGACGAGAUCGUCGUCCCUGCGAAGUCAGUCGCAGCCGCCGAUGGAGACUUCUAUACUCUCACCCGACAAUGUUGUUCCCGACGCUUUGCCGCCUGUCGUACCGAUACGCAGAAAACGUUCGCACCGGGAAACGAUGAUAGAGCGGAGAAACGGCGAUGUCGGCGCGCCGAUCGUCUGCAACGGUCAUCACAAGUGGGAAACCGAAACCGAGUCCAAGAAGCCGGCGAUUCCGACGAGGCCAUCGCGAUCACGAUCGCGACAAUCGUUGAUCGAGCGAUUGUCCGGACGCGAUGUUAUGCUCACGAGUCAGGAAGAUAUUCGGAAUUUAGACGCGCAGCUUCGUCGUCAGGAUUCUGGACCAGAAGUCGUGCCAAUGCCGCCUAAGAGACGAUCCCGCUCGAGAACAACGUCGAUCGCCGCCGACGAGGACAGAACGUCGCACGGCGCGGAAUCCCUGCCGGAAGCCGGAUACGUCGAGGAGGAUAUACCGCUUGAGGAGGAAAUCGCUUCGAUGCAAGAUCUCUCGAACGGUUACGCGAUGGUGGAUAAGCGGGAGAAGCCACCGCCUAGAAGACGCAACAAAUUCGCUACACUGCCAAAACCAGUUCCGCCUAAGCGACCUCAACGAGCGUACAGCACUCUGGGGCCUGUCAAGAAGAAGAACAUCGACACGACGUCGGAGACGAUCAGCAGCGCGCACCUGGCGCCCGCCGAAUCCGCGCCGUACAUCGAGAUCGACGGAGAUGAACACAAGGAUCUUCGUAGCGGUGAGGUGCUCACCAAGAUGCAAGGUCGGCCGCUUCCAGCGCCACCGAGACCACCCAGAAUAAAGAGGGAGCACAUCGAACGACCUCGCACCCCGUUUGAGUUCGCAGAGAUAACGACGGCGACGCAAACAGAUCCGCUGCCGGACGACAUGAUAAUCGAGGAGGAGGUUACUCAGGCGAAGCUCAUUGUGACGCCGUCCAGAUCGGGUUCGCAGGUGUUAGUGUCGACGGAGCGCAUACCGAGCCCGAGCAGAACGAGCACGCCGCCUGUACCACCGUUGCCCGUGUCGAAGUUCUUCAGAAGUGAGGAACAGGAGGAAAUGCGCGAAGAAGAAGAUAUUCGAAUGGAGUACGACACGGUGUCGUUGACGUCACCUUCGCCGAUCAGAGAGACUGAUUUUGAUGACAAACACAAAUCGGCGCCGCAUCUGCAAGAACGCAUUGCCGAAGAAUCUCAGCCGCGACUUCAGCUAAGAUCGGGCCUGUUGUCGGACGAGCCGUUGAGAAUCAGCAGUCUCGAAGUGGGAGACUUGAAGGUCGACCGGCUAAGCGUUUCGCAAAUAGAAGCGCACAAGAUCGUGGCGUCCGAGGUGGACGCGAUGAUGAUCACAACGUCCGAAUUGAGAGGCGGCGGUUCUACGGAAGACAGUUUUUCGCCCGCCAUCAUCAGGGAACUGAUGGCGAUCAGAAGCCAUUUAGAGACCGUGACGUUUCAGGCACAGGAGAGACAACGCGAAAGAGAAACCGCGAGCCACAAAACAACCGACAUUCCCACAACGGAAGGUAAACGAAUUUCGGAGCAGCAAUUCGAGGAACAGCAACUCGCAGAAUCGCAAACUGCGCAACAGCUACUUGCAGACUUGCAACUUGCGCAGCAGCUACUUGCGGAACUACAAUCUGUGAGACUGCAAUCUGCAGAGUUCCAACAACAACAACAACAACAACAACUUGCGGAGCAGCAACUUGCAGAGUCGCAACUUACGCAACAGAAAUCUACAGAGUCGCAACCUGAGGAACAGCAACCUGCGGAGUCGCAACCUGAGGAACAGCAACUCGCAGAGUCGCAAUCUGAGGAACAGCAACUCGCAGAGUCGCAACCUGAGGAACAGCAACUCGCAGAGUCGCAACUUAUGCAACAACUACCUGCAGAAUUGCAACCUGCGCAACAGUUACUUGCGGACUUGCAACUUGCACAACAGUUACUUGCGGAGCUACAAUCUGCGUCACAACAAUCUGCAGAACAACAAUCCGCGGAACAGCCACCUGUGGAGCGGGAAGCGACGGAGUCCAGCGAGACCGCCGCGAACGAAUCAGCAUUCACCGAAGACGCGAAGACCGAAGCUGACGAGGACCAAAAGGUUGUUAAAACAGAUGUAAUAGAUGUCAGGGCUAAAAAAACAUCACACACCUCCUCAGUUGCUCAAGCCAAAGAAUCCUUAUCCCCACAGACAAUCCCAAUAGAUGAAUUAGAUUUCAAGGAUACAAACGAAUCCACCACACACUUGCUCUCGGUUGCUCAAGAUACUCAAGAUAAGUCCUUACGAAUUUUAGAUUCCGAACAUCCCUUAACUUUGAGUUCCACAUCGGGUUCUCACGUGGUCGAAUCUCAUGCCUCGUAUCCUCCGUCGGAUGUGCCUUCAGCUCAACUCUCCGAAUCGAGAGUGUCUCCGGAACGCGUGGCCGAAUCUCCGAGUAGCUGUGUUCAGACAACAGCAACAAGUACCGCUACUACUACCGAACCGGACGCAACAUCUAUGGAUCUUCAUGGCAACGGGGAUAACGCGUUCGACAGCAAAGAACAGAUUUGUCGCAAGUCUAGAUCAUCUUCUCCUAGCAAGUCGAGGUCUAGAUCCUCUUCCCCAAAAGGUAUCGUACGGCAAACCGCGUCUCCGGUCCGUUCAUUGCCACCAGCCAUCUCCGUGACUCCCGACACACCCGAUUCGACCGUAUCGGGACGCGGUGUUUCUAUGAACGCUCAACCGCAGCGUGCUGUCAUUUCCUAUUCUUCGAACACGGAACAAAGUGUUCCGAAAGCCGCUCAUCAGCCACAGCGUGCCGUCAUUUCGCACUCUUUCGACUUGGAACAAUCCCUACGGGACAGACAGAGAGAGUUCUCUCAGUCACCGAUAUCUUCCUUUCCUCUGAACACGACUCACUUCAUUGCCAUCCCAGCUUCCGAAAUUCCGGCCAGUUUCUUUGCUCUGAACGAAACGCCUACGAGUCAGCAUGUUGAUUCGGAGCCCGGUGUAAUAGACACUACGCAGCAGCUUCUUCGGGCUCUUCGACUGACCGGCAUAAAAGCCAUGAGACACUUUGUAAGAUAUUUAACGUCCACAAUAAGCGCGGACGACACGAGGGAAAAGGUCAGAGAAGUGGAACUAGCAAUAUGCGCCCUGUUACUUCUAAUCGCAGGCUUGCUGAUAUAUUACUUUAGCAGAACACAAACUGUAACGCAUCUUCAUCAUUGGGAUUACUUCAAUCCUCCGCAAUAACGCGGUUUUUUACAAUCAAAUUUUCAUCAUAAAUAUAACGUUCAUAUAAAUGCAUCUCAUUUGAUUCUCUCUCGCAUAGAAAUUAAAAUUAAAAUUCUCUUUCAUAUUUUCGUAUCUUACCAAUUUUGGUUUCUUAAACACAAAAUUGCAACAGAUUUUGUGUUGAAGAAAAUAAUUUAAAAGAAAAAAAAAUGUACACACGGAGACGGCAAAGCAAAUUGAACGGAAUUGUUAAUCUUGUAUAAAAUAUCGAAAUAAAGCAAACAUGUGCCAAGUUUGUAAAAAAAAAUAUAUAUAUAUAUAUAUACAUUGUAAUUACAUACUAUUAUGAUACCAAAUAUACACGAGUAUAAAUUCUCCAACAGUUAUAAUGUAUAGUAUUUAAAUUCUCUUGACGUAGAUUGAAUCACAUGCUUUAUAUCACAAACAUGUAAUCUAUUUUAUGAUAAAUAUGAUAAUGUAAAUAAACAUUACUUUAUAUAUACCGUACCGAGACUUGCCGCUGGUAAGUUUCGGAUAUAAAAAGGUUGACCAUGUUGAAA